AAUAGGAAGCAAUUAAUUCAGUGCAUUAAAUCGUCAUGGCUAAUAAAAACUAUAAAAUCCUUAAAAAUGACACAUUCGGUCGCGAAACUUAGUCGCAGCGGUGAUAAAGUGUCUUAAUUUGAUGAUAACGACUGCUCGACAUCUACUGAUCCAAUAUUUGCAUAAUUAAAUAAUCUACUUCCAAGCUAGUCCGACAUGGUAAUUUCCACCAGAGGUUGUAUUUUAUUCCAAGAGGAAUGAAAUGUUUUAUAAUUUACUGUCAGAUGAUAUAUGGCCGCUGGUAGAGAUAUUAAAGCUGGACAGUUGAUCUUAAAAGAAAAACCGACGUUGAUGGGACCACAGCUGAAUGGACCUUUGAUCUGUUUUGGUUGCUGUAAAAACGUCAGAAGUACGGGAUAUAUAUUUUGCAGAAAUUGUAAUAAAGCUGUUCUCUGCAGUCCAAAAUGUACAGGUAACCUGCACACUGCUGAGGAGUGUUUAGCUUUGAAAGAGGCUAAUAUAAACGGUGAAACCUUGGCAGAAUACGAUCAAAUCAUAUUUCCUUUACGCUGCAUCCUUUUGAAGAAAUAUAAUGUCAAGAUAUGGGAUGCCAUAAAGGAACUGGAGCCCCAUCUGGAAGAACGGAGAGAUACCCAAAUUUGGAGGAGACACAAAGUGAUUGUCGAACAGAGACUUAGAGAGGCUAAUUUUAUAACUGAAGAGGAAACGAAGGAAGAAUUGGUGCAAACGGUUUGUGGUAUCACAGAUGUCAAUACAUUUGAAGUUCGACCACCAACGAAUUCAAAGGAAGUGAUAGUAAAUCCAGCAGUUCAAUGUCUACGAGGAUUAUACCUGGAGGCAGCUCUAAUGGCACAUGAUUGUGUGGGAAAUACUCACUUGUCAGUAGAUGAUGAUUUCGUGUUGACAAUCCAUGCUAGUGUGGACAUACCAGAGGAUUCACCCAUAUUCUUUAAUUAUACCAAUGUAUUACAGGGGACCACGGCCAGAAGACAGCAUUUAAGAGAAGGCAAAUACUUCGAAUGUAUUUGUACACGGUGUAAGGAUGUGAAUGAGUUAGGGACUGAUAUAAGUGCUUUAAAGUGUUAUAGAUGUCGCAAGGGACUGAUUAGAUUAAUAAAUCCAGAACAAAUUGGAUCAGACUGGGAAUGCAAUGAAUGCAAGAGAACAUUUUGCAGUGGUCUUAUGAAUUUAACUGUCGAAGAAGGACGAAGGAGGAUUCAGGAUAUUGAUCCAUCAAACUUAAACGAAAUGGAAAAUUUACUGACCAAGUUAUCAACAACUUUCCAUUCAAAUCAUUACUUACUGUUGGAGUUGAAACAAAAUAUUGCUGGCUUGUACCUAAGGCUACCAUCAAGUAAAAAGAAUCUGUUGAGAAAAAUAACCUUGUGUCAAGAGCUACUAGAAGUAUUUUCCAAAAUUGAACCUGGUUUGUCUAGAAUGAAAGCUCUCACUUUGUACGAAUUGCAAUCUGCCUUGGCAGAUUUGGCCCACAAACAGUACCGAGACAAAGAAAUAACCUCAGAGGAACUCGUUGUCAAACUUUCGUCAGCUGAAGGCACUUUGAAGGAAGCUAUAAAGCAUUUGUUAUAUGAGCCUCCAAAAAGUCCUGAAGGGAAAAUAGCCCAGAGGGCCAUGUCAGAAUUGAAAAUGCUGCGAAGCUCAAUUACUAGUAUACAAGGAGAUGUUUUGAGUACUAACAACGAAUCAAAACUAAGUAGAAGAUCUUAUAGAAAGGUGAAAGAAUACGAAAAGAAGACUAAUGACAGUGUAAUAGCAACUAAUAAUCAUCUAGAAAAUGACAAAGAUUUGAAGGAAAAUCGACAGGAGUGUAAUGAUUUUAAGGCGAGUAGUAAAAGAAAAAGGAAUAAAAGGAAAAAACAUAUAGAAUAAA